CCCAAAAGUUACCACUAUCUCUCGGACCAUUGGAAUUUAUCUGUUUGUUCGUCGGUCUUGACGUCUUGUAUCACUUUCGCAAAUAGUUGAUUAGCGCUCGUUGCACCGAUGAGCCGCGUUCUGUGCCGUAGUGUUAUAGCUCUGCGUUUGAGGUUGCCAAUGGCUAGGCACGCGUCUUAUCUCGUCGACGACCCCAAAUACUCCUUCUUGAAGGAUCUGGGCUUGGAUAAGAAGAAUGUGGGAGUGUUCAAUGGAAAAUGGGAAGCUAAUGGCCAGCUAAUACAAUCCUACAGUCCAGCGAAUGGCAAAGUGAUAGCAGAAGUACAGUCUGCGAAUACAGCUGACUAUGAACUAUGCGCGAAGGCUGCUCAAGAAGCUUGGCACGCGUGGGCGGAGUUACCCAUCCCUGCUAGAGGGGAGAUCGUCAGGCAGAUCGGCGAUGCUCUGAGGGAGAAGUUACAACCGCUCGGGCAGCUGGUCUCGCUGGAAAUGGGUAAAAUCCUCCCGGAAGCAAUAGGUGAGGUGGUAGAGUACAUCCACGUGUGCGACUUGGCCGUGGGUCUGUCGCGUACGCUGCCGGGCACGAUCUUCCCUUCCGAGCGGCCGGGACACGUGCUCAUAGAGAAGUGGAACCCUCUCGGCUUGAUUGGCAUCAUCUCGGCGUUCAACUUUCCCGUUGCUGUUUAUGGAUGGAACAGUGCUAUAGCUAUGGUAUGCGGUGACGUCAGUAUAUGGAAGCCUUCGGACACCACGCCGCUCACAGCUGUGGCGGUCACCAAAAUUGUAGAGAGCGUCCUCACGAAGAACAACAUCCCUGGCGCGGUGGCCGCUCUUUGCGUUGGCGGCAGAGAUGUAGGACAAACCCUCGUCCAGGACCAUAGGGUCAAACUAGUGUCCUUUACCGGUAGCACGGCUGUAGGUCAACAGGUGGGAGUGGAAGUACAGAGACGGUUCGGUCGUCACUUGCUGGAGCUGGGCGGCAACAACGCCAUCAUCGUGAACGCGGACGCCAACUUGGAUCUUCUGCUGAACGCCGCGCUCUUUGCUUGCGCGGGGACCGCCGGUCAGCGGUGCACUACCACCAGGAGACUGCUCAUACACGAAAAAGUGUUCAACGAAGUUGUCUCGAGGCUGAAGAAGGCGUACGCGGGUGUAGUGAGCAGGAUCGGCGACCCAUUGCUAUCGGAGACUCUCAUCGGACCUCUGCACACGGCGGCUGCUGUCGAAGCUUACAAGAAGACAGUCGCAGAGGCCGUCAAACAAGGAGGGACUAUUGAGUUUGGAGGAAAGGUAAUGGAUCGCGAAGGGUUCUUCGUGGAGCCGACGAUCAUCACGGGCCUGCCCCACGACUCGCCGCUCGUCAAGUCGGAAUGCUUCGCGCCCAUCGUCUACUGCAUACAGAUACCAGACUUGGACACCGGCAUUCAGUACAACAAUGAAGUCGAGCAGGGGCUGUCCUCUAGCGUUUUUACGGAGAACUUGAGUGAUGUGUUCAAGUGGAUCGGUCCGCACGGCUCCGACUGCGGCAUAGUCAAUGUGAAUAUCCCGACCAAUGGCGCGGAAGUGGGAGGCGCAUUCGGCGGUGAGAAGGCCACGGGCGGCGGCCGAGAGUGUGGCUCCGACGCGUGGAAAGCGUACAUGAGGCGAUCCACUGUCACCAUCAAUUACUCCGGCACUAUCAAACUGGCGCAGAACAUUAAAUUUGGCGACGAAUAACUAUAUCCAAAGUCGACUACCCUCAAUUUGUUAAGUUCUUUUAGAUUUAAAUAUAUCAUUCAAAAACUUUUAUUCAUAGCUAACUUGAAGGUAUUUGGUAGUUCUUUCAACUGGCCGUAGUUUGAUGUGGUAGUGGGUGGAGAAGGCCACGGGCGGCGGCCGAGCGUGGCUCCGACGCGUGGAAAGCCUACAUGAGGCGAUCCACUGUCACCAACUACUCCGGCACUAUCAAACUGGCGCACAACAUUAAAUUCGGCGAUGAAUAAAAAUAACCUUAAUACCCCAACUUUGUGGCCUACCCUCAAUUUGUUAUGUCUUUUUAGAUUGAAAUUUGUCAU